CCACUUUUAAAGUUUCCUCAUCGACAAUGUCUUCACCACGCCCAAAAUCUCCUAGAACACCCGUUUUACCAAAAAAGGAAGACAAGGAAGAAUCUUUUUGGGAUAAAAUUGGUACUAUUGGCCGAAAGAAGCGCAUAAAGGAAGUACAAGAUGUUCAAGCUGAAGGAAAGUAUGCAAUUGAUUCACCAGGAAGCCCAACUGCACCAGAAAUUCCUCCCGAGGAGUACAGCCUUCUUGAUAAUGAAGAGAGAGCGAUCAUUGAACCUAGAUCAUUAGAAGAUCCUAGAGUGAAAGAGUUGAUACAAGUAUUAAUAGAUUGGAUCAACGAUGAGCUUGCUAUGCAAAGAAUUAUUGUCAAAGAUAUAAGUGAGGAUCUUUAUGACGGGCAAGUUUUACAAAAGCUACUUGAAAAGUUGACUGAAACAAAGUUAGAUGUGCCUGAAGUGACACAAUCGGAAGAGGGUCAACGUCAAAAAACUGGCAUAAAAUUUUUUGUGCGAACCACAGCUCAGCGUUCGGAACCGUACGAUAAUUAUCGUACACAUACGAUAAUUUUGUGCAUACAUACGAUGUACGAUAGCAUAUUAUUAUCGUACGCAGAUUGUACGAUAAUUUCUAUCAUGAUGCAAAAUUUGAGAAUUUAUAUUAUUUCACUCAUGCGUUGAUAGUCUAAACCGCAGUAGCAUGAUUUUAUUUUGUCCAAUAAAAUCUUGAGAAAAUACCGGGAAAUACAAGUUCUUUAUUCCUAUUGGUCCUUACGAUCCGCUCUACUAAGUUUCACCACUGCCAAUACUGUAACUUUAUCCAGCGCCUGCUGUACACGCUUUCUUAUUGGUUAGUAUAGCAUCUACCAAUGCGAACAAGAGAAUAUAAGUUCGAUAUUUCGAUAUUUCGAUUAUGUUCACACUUCAUAUGUAUCGUAUAUUUUGUGUAGAAAAGUUGGCAGUUAUUUCGUUAUAUUAUUAUGAUUAUAUGUCCGUAUUCGCUCUGACAAACGGAAUUAUUCAAAUUAAGUGAAGAAAGAAGUAAUUUUCUAGAGCAGCAAAAUUUUGAUCAUACACUCGGAGUGAUUGUACGAUAAUUUCGAUCCAUGUACGAUAAUUUUACGCCCCUGGUACGAUAGUCAGUCCACUUCAAGUUGC